AGAAGAGAGGCAUGAGAUGCAUGCUGCGAUAACAAUAGUUAUUAUCUGAGUGAGUGCAAAGACAAUUUACCCAAAUCUCGAAAAGAAAAAGAAAGAAAGACAAUUAAUAACAAACUGGUUUUGUUGUGUUUUGCCUAAUUACCCAAUUUGAGUAGGCGACUCCUCAUAUCUCCCGCUCCGGCCAAUCGUCUCGUCAUCAUCUCCGCCAAUUUGAUUUCGCCUGUUAAUAUUCUUAGGAAUUGGAGAUAAAUAACAUGGUACACUCAGAGUCAUCAAUACUUAGUUCGUUGCGCGGUGGUAGUGAGUUUUCUAAGGAGGAACCAGCUACAUCAGUUUCUUCAGGGAAUGGUAGAUACACUGAUCCUAUGGGUAGGAGGAAGUCCAAGCGGUUUAAAGUUGCAGCAGAAAGCGAGUUAUCACCUGAUUGUGGAACGGUUUCCAUGCGGCUCAGAUCGAGAACUUUACAGAAGGAGGAGGUCCUAAUUGAUACUCGCGAGAACAACAGGAAUGUUUCUGAUGAUUAUGUUCCUUGUUCUGAAGCUGAGGUUGAGUUGAUUCCUGGAGAAAACGUGGUCGGCCAAGAUCGCUUUAAAUCAGUUGAUGUAACCGAGAACACAAGUGAGCUAGAUAUGGUGGAGGUCCAGGCUUCAAGCAUUAGCUUGCAAGAAGAUGUGGAGUCAUUGGAACUUGACAAGUCGAAAGUUACAGUUCCAAAACCAGUUGAGGCUGCAGGUAAAAGUCGUACUCAUAUUAUCGGAGCCGUGCCUGGUGUUGAGGUUGGGGAUGGAUUUCAAUAUAGAAUGGACCUGAACCCUGUUGGUUUACAUAGACCAAGUCAAAGUGGUAUAGAUUAUAUGAAAGACUACGACGGGGAACUAGUUGCCUUGAGUAUCGUAUCAUCUGGAGUUUAUGGUGACGUGCUUGAUAACUCGGAUGUCUUGAUCUAUACAGGCCAAGGCGGAAACUUGGGGAAGAAAAAGGGAAAGAAAGAUAAUGAACCCAAAGACCAACAGCUUGUAAAAGGAAACCUCGCGUUGAAAAAUAGUAUACACAAAAAGAACCCUGUGCGGGUCAUAAGAGGCUACAAGAAUACGACGUUAAAACCAUCAGCUGCUGCAAAGAAUUAUGUUUAUGAUGGUUUGUAUCUGGUGGAAGAGUAUUGGGAAGAAACCGGGUCUCACGGUAAGCUUGUCUUCAAGUUCAAACUCCGACGUAUUCCUGGACAACCCGAGCUUACUUGGAAAGUGGUUGAGAAAACAAAGAAAUCCAAGUUAAGGCAAGUUCUUUGCAAUGUUGACAUCUCAGGAGGGGAAGAGACAUUACCCAUACGCGCUGUGAAUGAUAUAGACGACGAGAAACCUCCUCCGUUUACUUACACGGCUAAAAUGAUAUAUCCGGAAUGGUGUAAGCCAAUUCCUGCAAGGACCUGCGGUUGCACAAAACGUUGCUCCGAAUCAAAAACGUGUUCCUGUGUUGCAAAAAACGGUGGAGAGAUACCGUAUAAUAACGACGGAGCCAUUUUAGAAGUAAAACCAUUGGUCUAUGAGUGUGGACCACACUGCAAAUGCCCGCCUUCUUGCUACAUGCGAGUCUCACAGCACGGGAUCAAGAUAAAGCUGGAGCUCUUCAAAACAGAGUCAAGGGGCUGGGGUGUGAGAUCGCUGGAAACUAUUCCAGUGGGAAGCCUCGUCUGUGAGUACGCAGGAGAGCUUCUUGAGGAUAAACAAGCUGAAAUACUUACCGGGAAAGAUGAGUAUCUCUUUAACCUCGGGGAGGAGGAGGAUCCGUUCACCAUAGACGCAGCACGGAAAGGGAACAUAGGGAGGUUGAUAAACCAUAGCUGCUCGCCUAAUAUGUAUGCGCAGGACGUAUUGUACGAACAUGAUGAAACCAGAAUUCCUCACGUGAUGUUCUUUGCACAGGAAGUUAUACGUCCACUUGAGGAACUCACAUAUGAUUACAACUAUAAGAUCGAUCAGGUGCGUGACUCCAAUGGUAAUAUCAAGAAGAAAUUUUGCUAUUGUGGUUCGGCUGAGUGUUCCGGUAGGCUCUACUAGUAAUAAUCUGUUGUUACCAUUUGUAUUCUCUUCAUUUUCUGCUUGAUCUCCAGUUCUGAAUAAGCAAAUUAGUGGACAGCUUUAGCCAAGAUUACAGUACACAAUUGGUGUUGUGAUGUUUAGAUUCAUUGUUUCAUUCUUCAGUUAA